AUGUCAUCAAACCCAUACAACAAUGAAUUCAAUAGUGUAUACAGCCAGGAAAGUGCAAACGUUGAUGAAUCAGCCACAUUUAACAACAAUAUCGAUGACCACCAGCAGCCAAAUGCCAAUGAUCAGGACACUUUCUUAUCACGAAUAUUUGGACUAAAUUCGAUAUAUAAUCAGUUGCAAGACAACUAUCAGUUUUAUGAUCCCGAGUUUGAUAGCCCAGCGCAGCAGCAGCAGCAGCAGCAGCAGCAACCACAUCGAAGAACAAAGGUUGGAAAUAACGCAACUGGUGGUCCUGGCAAUAGCUUGGAUCUAUCUGACACACAAGCUGACGAGCUGUUACUACCUAAUACUAUACGAAUGGAUAACCUUCAAGAUGCACAGAAUAUCGCUACAAACUCGAACAGUUUGCUCGAAUCUGAAUCUGAUUCUGAUUUAUCAUCAAGCUCAGAUUCGUAUGUGAGGCCAAAACCAAACAAGGUCAAAGUAGAAAAAAAGAAGCGGCAGCAGUUGCCGGUAACUGGCAAUACCCAACCUCAAACUUUGGGGACAGAACCUUCUUUGUCACAACUCAAUCAGCAUGCACUUCAAGACAACACAACCGACCCAGAUCACAUUCUACCACUUCACAAUGCUACAAACUCAUAUCGAAAGCCAUCUCAACAAGCGUAUGUGAACACCAACUAUAAACCAACUAGAGUGAGGGCCAAUAGAUUGGUUAUCCCACCCAAGGAACGAGCAUUGUACUUGUGGGCCAACAUCACAAAUAUGGACGAGUUUUUGAAUGACGUUUACUACUAUUACAGAGGUAAAGGUCUCCUAAACAUUGUUCUUUCAAGAGUUGUGGAUUUAGUGAUACUUGUUUUCAUAAUCUCAUUUACGAUUUUUCUAAAAUGGGGUAUCGAUUAUUCAUUGUUCCGUGAAGAGUAUCGGGACGGCGCUCAUUACGUAUUGGCCGACAUUGUUGCCGAUAAUUUCACCUACAAAAUCCCAUUCUUGGUCAAGUUUCUAGUCUUUGGGUUCACGUUAUACAUUAUUUUACGAUUGGUUCAACUAUAUUUUGAUUUUAAUUACAAAUUGAAAGAAGUUCAAAACUUUUAUCGGUACUUGCUAAAUGUCAGUGAUGAAGAAUUACUGACUAUUGGUUGGAAAACAAUUGUGGAGCGGUUAAUGUUGCUCAAAGACUAUAAUAGUUUAACUGCUACGCCGAACCUUGCUGAAAGUCACUACAUCAAUGAUUUGUCGUCAAAGGUGCGCUUGGACGCUCAUGAUAUUGCCAAUCGGAUCAUGAGAAAAGACAAUUACACGAUUGCUUUGAUAAACAAGGAUUUGUUGGACUUGUCGGUAUUAUUCAUGGAUCAGAAACAGUCAUUGACAAAGACAUUGGAGUGGAAUUUGAAGUUGUGUAUUGACAACUUUGUCUUCAAUCAACAGGGCCAAAUCAACGGAUCCAUUUUAAAGGAUUUUAACCGGAAUCUGUUGGCACGCGAGCUAACUUCGAGGUUUAAAUUGGCUGCUUUGAUUAAUGUUGUCCUUUGCCCAUUCAUUGUGGUUUAUUUUGUCUUGUUGUAUUUCUUCAAGUACUUCAAUGAGUACAAGUCAAACCCUAGUUCAAUUAUCGGAUUAAGACAAUACACGCCGUAUGCCGAAUGGAAACUUCGCGAGUUUAACGAGUUGCCCCAUUUUUUCCAAAACAGAUUACAGUUGUCGACGACGCCUGCAAAUACUUAUAUUGACCAGUUUCCCAAGGGGUUCUUAGUGAUAAAUAGCAUGAAGUUGAUUAAUUUCGUCAGCGGGUCCAUUUUGGCAGUGCUUGUUGUACUAGGGCUAUUCUUAGAUAAUGAAUCGCAAUCGUUCUGGUCAUUUGAAAUAACCGAGGGUAAGACAACCUUGUUUUACAUCUCGAUAUUUGGUACCAUUUGGGCCGUCACAUCAUCUACAUCGUCAUCGGUGGCCAAUGCACCCACAGAACACACCCAACAACAUUUUUCUACGACACGCACCAUCCAUGAUCCUGAAGCCAAUUUACGCCACGUUUCAAGGUAUACGCAUUAUCUUCCUCGAUCAUGGAAGAAGAAACUUCACACUAUACAGGUGCGGAACGAAUUUUGUCAAUUGUAUUCGUUAAAAAUUGUUAUUAUUGCUUAUGAGAUUCUAAGUUUGAUUUUGACUCCAUAUAUACUAUGGUUCAAAGUAUCGCAGAAUAGUGGAGCUAUCAUUGAUUUCUUUAGAGAAUAUAGCAUACAUGUUGACGGGUUGGGAUAUGUUUGUUAUUUCGCAAUGUUUAAUUUUGAAGAAAAAGAUAAAAACAUGAUGGCUGAGGGCAACAGGCGCAAGAGAAAGCAUGGAGACAAACAAAACUCCAAGCAACAGAAGGAAUCGGGUAUAUCUGUGGGUAAAGAUGCCCUGGAGUCUGACCUCAGUGAUGAUGGGCUUUACAAUUUGCAGCAAGACGAUAAGAUGGCUAGAUCGUUUUACCAUUUCAUGGACAACUACAAUAAUGAUGAUGCUGGUUUGAUUCAGAGAAAACAACAGCCAUUGAAAGAUCCCACGCUUGGAUUUGCCGUUGCAGAAUCUAAAGGCUACGAAGGGAAUGACGAGUUAACUGACUCUAUUUUCAAGCUCAACUUUAACAACGACAAUGAUGAUGAUGAUGAUGCUGAUGAUGCUGAUGUAAUGAGGAACAAAUCUAAACGCAAAGGUGGAGUUUUGGGUAUGUUGAAUCAGUUUUACAAACAAGAUAUCGGCCGCAAUGUAUAA